AUGCAACAGCGGCUCCAGUCGCCGACCGUGCGACUGAGGAACUUUAACUCUUUUGCCAAGGCUGGUCUUUUGGAGCAGUUCCUGAGCAAGGUGCUCCGGGAGGUUCGUGGGGAGGAUCCGCAAAUUUCUGUGCUGGACUUGGGCUGUGGCAAGGGCGGCGACGUGAAGAAGCUCGUGAACUCCGGUGUGACGGUGUAUUGUGGCGUGGACGUUUCCUUCAGCUCGCUGGAGGUCCUCGUUCGACGCGUACAGGAGCUCCAGCAGAAACUUGCGGCCGCUAAGCACGGAUCCCUCGGCCGUGUUCGAGGGUGCCCACUUGUGGAGGUUUCCUUGGUCCACGGGGACUGCUGGCAGCAGCGGCUGGAGCCAGCCUGGGACUUCAGCGCUAGGCACGGGACCGCCCGUUUGGACUCAAUGGGGAAGACUUGGUUUCACUUGGUGACUUCCCAGAUGGCUUGCCAUUACGCGUUCCAAAGUCAGGCAUCUGUGGAUGUGAUGCUGCACAAUGCCUCAUCUCGCUUGUGCCGUGGUGGCUAUUUUGUCGGAACAGUGCCAAAUUCGUCAAGAAUCAUUUCGCUCGAGCGCGCCCGUGGCGUGGGGAACGAUCCGCGCAGCAUUGGCAACAGACUUUUCCGGAUCGACUUCAGCAAGGAGGAGUGGAAGAAGGUCGAAGCAGCGCCCGACCUAUGGCACCAAGAUGGUGCCUUGGAGGUGGACUCGCGUGCCUUCGGAGUGAUGUACACGUUUCACUUAGCAGAUGCAGUCGAGGCGUGCCCAGAACCCUUGGUGCAUUUUCCAAGCUUCAUCGCCUUGGCAAAGCGCCACGGCUUGCACCUUUGCCUGGGGCCGACGCCGUUGACAGAUUUCGUGGAUACAAACAACAUGAAGGCAGAACUGGGCCGUUUGCGGCGCAUCUAUGCCUUUGAAGGUGGUAUGGCCUUGGAUACCGAUGAGGCCAUCCAGAGUCCUGCACACACCCUGAUGGUGGCAUCUCUGUACUGUGCGGAUCUUUGGAAAAUCAACGUCGUCGCACAACAUCGCCGGCCAGCUAUGUGGCUAGUUUUGAGUUUCUAUCGCGAACAUGCUGCGUUGCUGGUUGCAGACCAGGCAGCAUGGCAGGGCCAGUCAGUGACGGCCGUUUGCGUCCCCAGGCAGAUUCCGGCUUUCCCGGAUGUCAAGAAAUUUCCGACGGCGAUGGGCUCAACAGCAGCCUCCAUGGAUGUGUCCGGUGUACAGCGCUUUGCUUGUGGCCUCGAGGUGACAUUGUCAGCUGCACGGCUGAUUUCCAAGAAGGGCGAGGGCACCUUCUCAGAGGUGCUGAAGGCGCGGCUGGCUCCUUCAGAAUGCCCGGCAACUCCUGACCACAACGGCAUGAAGAACCAUUUCGACAGCAUAGACCAAGUUAACAACUUGCGAGAAAUCCAGGCACUACGCAGGUUAGCCGGACAUCCCAACAUCAUCAAGCUUCACGAGGCCGAUAUGUGGUGCAACGAGAGCCAUGGCAAUCGUUUGUUAACCCAGAACUACUCUGCCGGCUUUUCCAUGCAGCCAUCCGUUAACUGGCGCGGCUGCGAGGCUCAAGCGAGCAUGCAUUCACGCUCUAUUUAUACUACGUAG